CAUAUAAUGUGGAUUUUAUUUUUUGUGGCAUUAUGUUGUCUAUAUUUGUACACAAGGGUACGUUUGUAUCCAGGAAAGUUUCCAAUUUAUCCUGGUGGUAUACCAUUGCUGGGAAAUGUUUCUUUAUUUUCUGGUGACACUGAAAAAGCAUGGGAAAACAUAAAAAAAAUUGUGAAAUUUUCCUUUGAUAACGGUGAUAUAGUUUUAAUCUAUUUUGGUCCCAUACCUUUUUACAUCAUCACAGAUCCCGACGACUGCAACACAGUAUUGACUUCGUGUAUGCAUCGGGCAGGUAUCGCAAAGAAAUUUGCGAAAACUUUUGUCGGAAACGGACUGAUAUUCGGACCAGUUUCAGUAUGGAAGGAACACCGCAAGCUAAUAAACCCGACCUUCAACCAGCAAGUACUCGACGGUUUCAUCGAAACAUUCAAUUCCCAAAGUCGACGGCUGGUACUGGAAUUGCAGGAGUAUGCUGGGAAAGAUUCAUUUAAUCAGCACGUGUGUUUAGAAAAGAAUGCUUUGGAAACUGUAUGUUUAACAACUGCAGGAGUAGACCUCACUGAUCAGAAUGAAUUUAAUAAAAAAUGUGUAAUGGCUUUCCGUGGUGUUUUGGAUACAAUAGCGAAGAGAGGGAUGAAACCCCUGCUCCAUUUUGACUGCUUCUACAAUAUAUCCAAUAUGAAGAAAGAGGAACUACAUCACGUCAAAAUUACGCACGAAUUAACAAAUAUCGUUUUAAGGAGGAAACUAGAGAGGCAAGAUAAGGAACAAAAUGACAAAUCUGGUAAGUAA